AUGAAGGUCGGGAUUGCGGCUGCAAGCUUACUGAUACUAUGGACGAGCUUCGCGAGAGUCGACAGCCAAUCGGCCAGCAAGUCGACACCGGAACCCAACCUGCCUCUCCACUUCGAGAAGUGCACACCGGAUCACGGCUGCAAGAAAGUCCCAGGCGGGAUAACGUUAGAUGCAAAUUGGCGAGCGGUCAAAGAUUCGGCGAGCGGACGCAAGGAUUGCUUGAAUGGCAAUGGGACCAAAGGCUGGGACAAAACGCUCUGUCCUGAUCCAGAAACGUGUGCCCAGAACUGCGCCCUAGACAGUAUCGAUUACCACAAACAACGAAUCAGCACCAAUGGACGUGAUGGUAAUCAUGACUCGGUAACGCUGAAAUUGUUCAAAGAAGACGCGCGGAACACAGGAUCAAGGAUAUACCUUUUAGACGCGAGUCACCAAAGAUAUGAGAUGUUUUUUCUGCUGAAUCAAGAGCUAUCGUUCGAUGUCGAUGUCUCUCAAUCUUCGUGUGGAGUGGCCAGCGGGAUAUACUUCUCCGCAAUGCAAGCCGACGGCGGGAUGUCGAGUACUAACCAAGCUGGAGCGAAGUAUGGCACUGGGUAUUGCGAUGCACAAGGGCCCAGAGACAUGCACUUUGUGGAUGGAAAGGCAAACCUCGCCGUAGGAAGCGGCGGAGGAGACGAAGUAGGGUACGCAUGUCCCGAGCUAGACGUAUGGGAAGCGAACAGGAUUUCGCAAGCGUACACGGUGCACAACUGCCAAGACGAGCAAGCGCGGCUCUGUCAUGGGGCGAAAUGUGGGGGUUUAUGCGACGGGUCGGGGUGUGAUUAUGCCUCUUUCCGCAUGGGCAACACGAGCUUCUACGGGCCGUCGAAGAUCGUCGACACCGCCAAGAAAUUCACCGUCGUCACUCAAUUCAUUACCGCCGAUAACACCGAUAGAGGGGAGCUGGUAGAGAUCCGGAGGUUUUAUCGCCAAGAUGGUCGGCUGAUCCCGAACAGUAGAGUCAACCUUCCCAACGCAUCGCCUUUCGACUCGAUCACCGACGAGUUUUGCCAGCAAAUGGAGAGCGUCGUGGGGCAUGCGAAAGGGUUCCGAACGCUCGGCGGCCUGCGAAAGAUGGGCGCUUCGAUGCGCAAUGGGAUGGUUCUCGUGAUGACCGUUUGGGCCGAUCAGGUUCGAGGGAUGAGUUGGUUGGACGGCCAGAAUCCGGAUAAGAAUGAUGCUGGAGUCGAAUUUUCAAAUAUUAGAGUCGGUCCCAUUGGGUCAACUUCCGAACCAUAG